AUGGGGGAAUAUGUUAAUCCAGUCGCUGCUCUCGCGUUUUGGAUCAUCGGAAUUUCAGCCAUACCCGGCAUCACUUCCUUACAUCGUUUGUUCCAUCCGACGAUAUCCGCCUCAUUCACAGCCAGGCUACGCUCGCAAGACCGCUUGUCUGACACCAAGCUGAGUGCCUCCUACAUGGAGGGCCCUGCUCUCGCGCGUAAUUCCCGCUCCGGGCACCGACUAACGAUCCGUCUGGCCCAUAGGCUUUCUUGCCUACCCACCCUAGCUUCGAGCGAAGCUUAUCGCACACCCAGCACGUCAAUCUACUUGCGCUUGCUCUAA